CCGCACCCCUAGCACCUCCCGCACGGGGAUCGCCAGCCGCCAUGGCCGGGUGGCAGCGCCUCGGCCGCCUGCUCUGGCUGCUCUGCCUUCUGCCCGCCGCCCCGGGCGCCGCGGCCGCAGGAACACAGGAGAAAACAAAGCCCAGUCCAACCACUCCUGCAGUUCCCUUGGUGCCAGCCACAGCACGCCCCUGCACUGCUGUGGAUCGAACCCAGGGCCCCGUACACGGAAAGUACAAGCUCCGUCUCAGCCACGACAGCCCGGUCACCAGAGGUUCCACUGCCACCAUCACUGCCAGCCUGGUGCCCCAUGACAAAAGCAGUUUAGUGCUGACACCCGAGUCUGAGUACCGCUUCCAGUGGGUGCACAGCCCGCUUCUGCUCACCAGCAAGGUGGACACGAGGCUCAGAUCCACCGUGCGCGCCCAGGCCUCUGAGCCCGGAGACUUCCCUGUGUCCGUCUGGCUCACCAACGCCACCUGUGGGAGAUGCCCACCCCUGGCCACUGCAUCCUUCAUCCUCCCUGUCACAGAGUUCCUGGUGGGGACAAUCGACGUUGUCCAGAAUGCCAGCCUGCCCUGGCCCACCUCCUACCUCACCAAGACACUCCUGAAAGUCUCCUUCAUCCUGCAUGACCCCAGUGACUUGCUCAAGUCAGCCUCCUUCCUCUACAACUGGGACUUUGGGAAUGGCACCCAGAUGGUGACCACGGAGUCGGAGGUUCAUUACAACUCUUCCAUCCAUGGCAACCUCACAGUGAGGCUCAAGGUGCUGGCGGAGUGGGAGGAGCUUCAGCUGGAUGGCACCAAGACCUUCCUGCAGAAGAUGGGUGAUUUUGUCACCACCGUGAGGUUGCAGGAGUUUCUGCAGGGCAUCCAGGUGCUGGGGCCCAGCACCAUCCAGACCUCAGAGAAGAUGGUGGUGACUCUCAACUUCCUGGGGAGUCCUCUCCGCAGCCCCCCCAUGACCGUGUGCUGCCGCGUGAAGACCGCGUGCCUCCCACUGGAGGAGGGGGAGUGCUACCCCAUCCCUGUGGUCGGAAUCUCCUUCAAUGUGACCCACAUCUUCCGGGAGCCGGGCGACUACUGCUUCAGCAUCGAGACGGUGCAUGGUGCCAACAAGAUGCGCCAGUACCACCGCAUCCAGGUGGCGCCCGCCACUGUGCAGCCGGCUGUCCUGGCUUUCCCCUGUGCCACGAUCAUCACCAUGAUGCUGGCCUUCAUCAUGUACAUGAGCAUGCGGACUGCCACCCAGCAGAAGGACAUGGUGGAGGUGGCUGAUUUUGACUUUUCCCCCAUGUCUGACAAGAACCCGGAUCCACCCUCUGAGGGCAGGUGCUGCUGCCAGGUGUGCUGUGGGCCCUUCCUGCUGGAGUCUCCAUCUGAGUACCUGGAAGUUGUUCGAGAGAGCCAGGGACUGCUCCCACCCCUCUACAAGUCCGUCAAAACGUAUACAGUGUGAGCCUCCCCCACCGCCCUGGUUCUGUGUGGAUUGGCCGCUUCAGGCAGGCAGGUGUGAGCCGCUGGGCAGAAAGGGGUCAGCUAUGUGGGCCCCUCUCCCUGGCCAUCUGUCUGUACAGUCAAGCCCCUCCCAGCCCUUCCAGCCCCCAUCCAUCUGUACAGUCCAGCCACCACCGUGAGGCCCCGUUUCUGAAGUAGCCCCACGCAGGACCCCAACAUUUGAUGGGGUUCCUGUUCUCUCCCCAGUAUGCCUAGCUGCCCUUCCUCCACUCCUCCCAGGUGGGUAUGUCUGCUGUCCAUGGGGGUUGGGUGGGCCACUUCUACGCUCCAGGCAGCCCUGCCUCUUUCAGAAAGCCAGGAAGACAGUCACAGCUGGUUAAGGAUGCAUCACAGAGGUCAUUUCAGCAGAAGCACAAGCGCGCUCCCCAGGCCAGGUGCCCAGAAUCACACCUGCUCAGUGCAGGUGUCUCGGCUGCUCUAAAUCAGCUGCCGGAAAUGACCAUGAAUAAGAACCUAAAGGAAACCUGACCUUCUCUACUCUGCCUGGUGCCUCCUGGGCCAGGCCCUUUCCCUCACGCAUCCUUCCUGGUCCCCUUCUAGGACACCCUGUCCCCUGCCCGCUUGCUGGGGACACUUUGUGAGUGCCUCAUGCUUAUAAAUGUUGCCUUCUCUUAUCGAGACCAUUGAGCAAAGGGCUUUGCAGCAACAGUGGUCUCUCUGGGGAGUCUGGUUCCCUGUGUAUCCACCUCCUACCCUCACGAGGGAAGGGAGGUGAGUGGAAGGAGCCUCAGAAGAAGCUCUCUCCUCCAGCCUGACAGCAAGGUUGGUGGCUGUCUGGUCUAUCAGGGGUGCCCGGAGUGCUCCCUUGGGGCCCCUGUCUGGAAAGGCAGAGGAGGACUGAGGAGCAGUGAGGAGCUCUGCUGCUGUAGCCUUUGCUCUCGGACAUUGCUGCAAAAGCAUCCUCACGGUCAUGCAGCUCAUCUCACGAAACACGCCAUCAUCACUCAGUAAAGCUAGUGUGCUCUGAAUAUAGCCAA